UCUAGUGAGCAGUGCCGCGGCACUUGCAGGAUUCAACGCUAGACGAAGCAGGAGACGUUGAUGUUGCUAAUUUCACCCCAUGGAUCCCUUUCAAAUUCACCGUAGUAUAUGUGUUUACCGUCCCCAGUGAAGCAGAAACGUCACCCAGCUUGACUGUCCUCUUUUAGGUCGAUAGUGGGAGACAAGUUUAACAGUUUCAAGUUACUGUAGCGAUACCAUGGAAACAUGCAAAUAGGUACACUUGUGCAUGAUUUUCCUGUGUGACGUAUGUAUACAAGUACAGUACAUGUGUGUACCCGUACACAGACUAGACCGCAGCGAGCUGCCGACGAAAGACAGCGCGAUCUUUCCCCGUCAUUCCCGUAUCGGUCGGAACAGUUUAGGUCAUGUUUCUACGACAGUGUACUGUUCAUCCUGUGCGAAUCUACUGUCUUUGCUGAGGCCUGCGUGCACGUUCCACAAGGGUUACGAAUUAAAUGAAGCAGGAACUUUGACAAAGUUGUUUCAUCGAAUGAUGUAGCAUCUCAGGUUACGACAUCAUCAUCAUCAGUAACUGUCAUCGUCUUAACCAUUGGGCCGCUCUGUCAUGCUGACGCCAUGCCCAAUCCUCUCCCACUGAGGACUUGAUGGGAACAACCCAGCGUUAUGUCGUCCGCCGACAAGAGAGGGCACCAUGCAAGCGCGGAACAGCCCUCAACCGUUUCCACUGCCACCACCACCAGUGAGCGCUCGUUACCCAACGACAGUGCCGCGGGGGAGGAUGGGACGCAGCCGGUGCGGCGCCUGACGGCCUACGAGAAGCUCACAGAGGACCUGAACAAUGAUCCCAGGGCCCUCAAGGAGAUCACCUUGGGGAAGAGAAUCGCAUUUUACCGGAUACGAGGGGAGCUGGGGAGUGGAAACUUCUCCCAGGUGAAGAUGGGCGUACACGCACUGACAAAAGAAAAAGUAGCCAUCAAAAUUCUGGACAAGACCAAGCUAGACCAGAAGACCCAGCGGCUGCUGUCACGGGAGAUCUCCUGCAUGGAGAAGCUCCACCACCCCAACAUCAUCCGGCUGUACGAGGUGAUCGAGACCCUGGCCAAGCUGCACCUGGUCAUGGAGUAUGCCGCUGGCGGUGAACUCUUCACGAAGAUCUCCAACGAGGGCAAGCUGAGUGAGGCCGAGUGCAAGCCCAUCUAUGCUCAGGUGGUCGCCGCGGUCCACCACAUGCACUCUAAGAAUAUCAUUCAUCGUGACUUGAAAGCUGAGAAUGUGUUCUACGCCGCCAAUGGCCUUGUCAAAGUGGGAGAUUUCGGUUUCAGCACGACCUUCAAGCAAGGCGAGAUGCUGAACACAUUUUGUGGAUCGCCACCUUACGCUGCCCCAGAACUUUUCAAGGAUGAGCAUUACGUGGGACCCCCGGUGGAUAUAUGGGCCAUCGGCAUCAUGCUGUAUUUCAUGGUGACGGGUGUCAUGCCGUUCCGCGCUGACACGGUGGCCAAACUGAAGAAGUGCAUCCUGGAUGGCCAGUUCACCAUCCCCACCUUCGUCUCCAGCCCCUGCCAGUCGCUGAUUCGGAGCGCCCUCAGGCACAGCCCAACAGAGCGCGUCACCAUCGACGGGAUCAAGAAUGCCGCCUGGCUGCGGGGCCAGGACUUCCCUGCCGCCCACCACUCGUGCCACCCCACCCCGUGCUUCGACCUGGAGACGGCCACCGCCGAGGAGAAGGAGGUGCUGUCGCAGCUGUCGCAGCUGGGGGUGACCGAAGAGCACCUGGCCUCGGCGCGCGACCGCGACGCCCGCAGCAGCAUCACGGGCACUUACCGCAUCAUGCUGCACAGGAUACAGAAGAAGUACAUUGAACCACCCAUCAUCACCACGCAGGCAUCGAAUGGACAGAAUCCGCCCACCAAAAAACGGAGCCGGGAUAGUAGAAGAAUUAAAAAUAAGCCCUCCAAGCUAUGUACAAUAUUGUAAUAUAAUCUUCUCGCUUUCUUUUUUAUAGGUCAGAUGUGUGUGAAUAUAAUAGUAUAUUACACAAGAGAUUUUCAGGUUGAAAGCACAAAGAGGGUAAUAAGGCUUACCACUUCACCGAGACCCCAUCCAUACCAUUUUGGUGGUGUCCUUUUUACUAAGCCAGCAUAAAUGGUUACAUUUGUGGAGGAGUGGACCCUUUAACACAGCAUUGUCAGUCAUAAACGGCGAUUUCUGUGACAGGCCACCAUGUGAACCUCCGAAGUAUCUGUUGCCAUUUCCAUUUUAAGUAGUUGCCAUGGAAAAAGCCAGAUACCGGCAGCUUUCCAGGACACAUGAACAGGUCUCUAAACCCAGUGUCUCAAGUGGUGAACCACCUCGUGAAUUCAGUACAUAGGAUUUGAAAGCUCCUCUGUGACUGUGGGCUUUUUAAUAGGUGAAUUGAUAUAUUCAAGCCUGACUCCUUUUUGUACGACAGACUGUUGUACAGUUAACUACUGAUGCGACAUUUUAAAAUUGAAACAGUCACUUUACUUGUCAGUUUUCGCUUUUUUUCUGGCCUACCUCAGUGAAGUAUUCUUUGAAUUUCUCAGAAGUACUGGCAGUCGUCUGAAGACAUGAGGGUUUUCUAAACCCCAGACUUAGUCUCUUUUUUCCAGCUUUGUCUUCGCCCUUGAAGUCCUGUUCGAAAGGCGAACAAAAACUAUAUAUAUUUAUAUAUUAAUGUUCAGUGAGCGCCUUUCGGUUACCAUUAUUGCCAUUAUUGUCGAGGAAUGAUUAUGAGUGUGUGGGGAGAGGGGGAAGUAUGAUGGAUGUUCCAAAGCAUCCCCACCUGACGGUAAUGCCGCAUUUGCACUGGAGGAUGAAAUUGGUCAGUGGUCCCGCAGCUGUCGUACCGGUAUAUUGCAGUACUACUCUAAGACUCCACACGCUUUGAACCACGACAAAGUGAACUUUAAAGGUACGCUCCGUCAUUUUGCUGUAGUUACCCAAAAGGUUACUGACGGAAUUAUUGUUGAAAAAGAAUAGUCGGUUUAAAGAAGGUUAUGGGACUUAACUCCCUGUGAACUCAUUCUUUUGGGGAAGCUGUCACAUUGAAGAAGAGAAUGAAAGAAGUCCAUUUUCAACAAUGCAUCUUGGGUAUAUUUUUGGAAAAUUGCCUUUAGAAGCGCGCUCAAGCGUUGACACACGCUGUUAUCAUUAUUCAUUGCUUUGGUGCGUGACAUCGUGUAGCUGUAUUCAACUUUACAUGAGAUGCUGACGAAUUCAGGCACAAUUUAAAAUGUGAUUCACCAUAACUUGUGAUUUGAAAUCAAAAUUAUUCAAUGAGCUUCAACUUCAUCAGGUUUGUUGUUAACCACCUGUCUGUAGAUUCUGAGCAUUUUCCUCCAAGGAACACAAUGCACAAAUGGCAAGCGAUGGACUGCAUCUUCAACAGUACAGGACCCAAGCGGCUUUAUUGUGAUAUCAAGCCUGGGAUUAGACGUUAAAAGUCUUGCCUCGCUCCAUUGUUGGGCUUCAUUUUUAAUGCACAUGUACUUAUAGAUCUUGGUUAGGGAACGUCUCAAAAGUUUGGAACGUUCACGUUCUCUUGGAUCAUUCCCACUGGCAUAUUACUAGCAUUCCAUCAGGACAUUCACUCACCAACAGGAACGGUCGGCUUUGUACAUAGGUAGACCGUCCCGAGGCAGCGUUCCGAUGGGCCAGUGGAACGGCCGCCCGUUCUGAUGCUCCCUUACAUUAUGAGGGGAAACAAGAUGGAUUUUUGGAUCGCCUCUUGUGGGAAUCAUAUCAAGCAUUUGUCUUGUGAUAAUAGCAUACAAGACAUCGCCUUUCAAAUAUGAAGUGAAGAGAAGAGAAUGAUUAAAACACCAGACACAGUUUGUGGGGUCUUGAUGUACAUGUACAUUUCUAUGGCCUCCUGACAGACAUGCCAAAUACGUCAGUACUAGACCUCUUGUGCGUAGUGACCGUAAUGCAGUCUCCUAGCGCAGUUCACGUACUUGCUAGUCUGGGCAUGUUCGCAUUAAAAAAAAAAACCUUAUCUUUAAUUCAUCACUUCAUCGAAGAAAAAAGAGAAGGAAUUUCAAAUUGACGAAGCUAUUCUACUUUCAUUAUUGCAUGAAUUGACGUCAGGGCGUCCGGUGCAUCUCCUCUAGGGUUUUAAAUUCUUGCCCAUUGUGUCACUGCCUUCUGAAUAUUUCAUGAAUAUAUCAGGUCAUUUUAAAGGGGUCUGUCAGUAAGGACUUGCUGUGGGUAUUUCUAUGCUAAAUCAAAGUUGUCGUUUUUUCUGUCAUUCUGUCGAAGCGUAAAAUUUCAAGGAGAAGGGAUUACGCAGCAGCGUUUAAUGCGGACGAUGCGUAUGAAGCUAAAGUUCUCCUCAUUAUGCAUUUCAAAUAAUAAAAAUAAAAUGACAAGUUUGUUUUAGAAGCCUUUUCAGCUCUUAAAUUAAGUUGUAGCAGAAUUCCCGGCAUCAUUGUCGUUGGGAUUCUGUAAAGUAUUGUACAUCGUGGUUAUUUUAACAAUUUAGCAAGAAGUGUACAUUCAGACUAUUUUUAAAGAAAGAAAAUUUCCUCCGAUCUAUAUUUUACCGAAUUCCAUCCAGACAGCGGUGAAGCAAUCUUGUUUAUUUAUGACUUCUUUCUAUCAGUUGCAAUCAGCUUCAUUGUGUUGUAUAGUUCUAUUAAUGGAGUGUGUUUUAGACAGUUUUGACAUUUGAGAAGAAUGAGACAGAUUUCACAUAUUUGUGUUUUAUUGGCUUAUGCAGUUGAGAUAAUAACCCUUGGAAUUAUGCAAGGGUGUUUAAUGAAAUGUUCUUUAGGUGUGGAGCUAAAAAAAAAUUCUUUUUCUGAAAGUCUUCGUGUGACCGUUCCCUAUUUAAAAACAAACUGAUUUCAUUUUAUUAGUUUUGAAGCGAACCGAGUUGCCGGGGGGAAUGGGUGUUCUUGAUGUUGACAAAUUGAAAUGGGGAUCAGAAAUAUUUCCAUUUUCUCGUUCUUGUUGACGAUUUGUCUGGAAUUUAUUCAAAAUGGAUAUCGAGAGUACCAGAUUUGUAGAAACGACGAGAAGAGACUGACAGAACUAUUUACGGAUGAAGAAAUAAAUAUGAGAUCUUUGAAAAUA